GCCGACGGCAAGUUUUCCCUAAUAUUUGUUGCGAAUUGGUAUAAAAAUCGAUCGCAGAUUUUUCCGUAUGCGAAUGCGAAAGAGAAAGUGGCACCAAAUGUAAAGAGUCAAUCCAAAACUAGAUCGCUAUAAAACAACAAAGCAACAUGCUUAAUUUUACAUUAUGUGUGUUUCAUUGCCAAAGCAACGUUUACGCUUAAAUCUCUCCCCAGAGAGCAGAUAAAUAUAAAAUACACAUAAUAAAAAUCAAAUCAAAACCAAACAUCAAAUAGCUAAUUACAAACAAAUUCAACACCACAACAACAACAACCACAAAAUAUCGAAAGUAAAGAAACGAGACGAAAGAGAGCUCUUCAUUAUUUGUGUAUCCGUGUGUGUCGUCUCUCUCGCGUGUGUGUCCGUGCCUAUACCGUUGUGUGUGUGAGAGUGUGGCUGUGUGCGUGCAGCAGAAUCAAUAAUAAAAAAUUCAAAUCCAAAAUAAAAAGAGGAGAAAAAUCAGCAAGCAAAUGUGUAAAAUACUAGAGAAUAUCAAAAUCAACAACAAAUAACAACACAUCGGAUAAAUAACAAUAAUAGCAAUACACUAUAAGCAAACAACGUUGAGAAAAUGAGGUGCUGCUGCUGUGCGAAGAAAACAAGCCAAGAACUAUGACGCAUCAAAAUCAUCAGACAAACGGUGCAAGUUUGGAGGAUUGCCACACAAACUUUUAUGCCUUGACUGAUUUAUGUGGAAUAAAGUGGCGGAAGUUCGUUAACGGGGAGCGACCGAACGCAUCGAGCGAUCCUCUGGCAGACCCGAUCCUGCGCUCCUAUUCGCGAUGCAUCCAGGCGGACAUGCUGUGCGUGUGGAGGAGGGUCCAAUCCACGAAGACGGACAACGCCGACCCGAAUGCCUUAAACUUCGAGAUGACCACGUCGACCAAGGUCCACCCGCCCCUUUCGCUGGCCGCCGCCAAAGAGCUCUGGAUCUUCUGGUACGGCGAGGAGCCCGAUCUCAGUGAACUGGUCGAUGCCGAGCUGCUCCGAGUGGCGGCCAACCAAGCGCUGUGGAAUGGCACCUGGAAAGGAGCUCUCACCUACGAGUGCCGAUCGCUGCUCUUUAAGGCGCUGCACAAUCUCAUGGAGAGAUUCGUGCUUACCAAGGACAUUGUCCGCUUUGGAAAAUGGUUUGUGCAGCCCUGCACCUCCAGCGAUCGCCUCUUUGGACGCAGCUCCCAGCACUUGUCCUUCUCAUUUACGUUCUUUGUGCACGGCGACACCGUUUGUGCCUCCAUAGAUUUGCGCGAGCAUCCCGCCGUGCGUCCGCUGACCAAGGAGCAUUUGGCCGAAGCUGCGGCAGCCUUUGCAGCGACCAGUUCUCCGCCAGGUUCAAAUGGAUCUACCGCGACAGCAGGCGGAGCAGUGCCUAAUCCUGGUCAGGAUCCAAAUGGAGCCGGCAUGGAGGCACUGGACGGCGGAGAAGGAGCGGCCAAGGCAGCGCCACCACCGCACGCGCGUAAGGUGAUGCUGGCGCCCUUUGGAAUUGCGGGCAUACUCACCGGCAAUAGUUAUAAGGCCAGCGAUCCCAUAGCCGAGAAGAUCCUCGAGGAUUGGGCCUCGUUUUUUCCGCUGUGCAAUAAGGACAACACGGACGUGCCACCCGUGGUGGAAGUGGUGUCGGGUGGUCAUAAGAUGUAUCAUCCCACGAACUACGUACUAGUCACAGACCUGGACGACAUGGAGCACAUGGAGUUCGUCGAGAUGCAGAAGAUGCAAAGCCCAGUGGGUGGAGCGGCGGCUGAUGUACCUGUUCUGGCCUCGCUUUCCUGCCCACCUGGAGCAGCCGUUGCUCCUCCAGCAAUGGGCGCAGCUCCAUCUGCAACAGCGGUUCCCUUGGGUCCAGCUUCCCUCAAUGCUCCAGCAGGAGCAGGAGUUGGAGCUACUGCAUCUUCUGCCGCCAAAGAGAUAUCCCGCAAGGCAGCUCCACAAGCGGUCAGCGCCCUGGAACGUCUCGCCUUCCAACCCUACUAUGAUCAAAGGCCCACCUCGGGCUUCACCUUCAAUACCAACAAUACUCACAUACCCGCCUCGGCUGCCGUGGAAAUGCCGGAACGAACCUGGCAGGAUUGCGUGAUGAACACGCUUCAUGUGGAUGCAGCAGCGGCGGCAGCAGCAGUUGCUUCUUCUACUACCGCCUCGGGAACUGUGUCAUCAUCUGCGGAUGGCGACGAGAAUGAGCUAAAUAAACCGCCGCAGCAGGACUCAAAGCAACUGGUGCAGCAGCAGAUUCAGCAGCAACAGCAGCAGCAACGUCAAAAGCUCUGGAACUUUGUGGAUCCCAUGCAGAAGGCACCCUGCAUAUGCACCAACGCCCAAUGCAGCAGCAGUAGCAACAGCAGCAGCAGCAUUACCAACAUCAGCAACAACAAGCGACCGCAGCAACCGCUGGGAUCGCCUGCGCUGCGAGCAGCAGUUACCAGUGCCAGUGGCAAUAAGUCGUCCUCGUCAUCUUCAUCAUCUUCGUCGUCGUCGUCCUACCAGCAGCAGCAUUACCACCAGCAGCAUCUGCAGCAGCAGCGACCGGGAACACCUGGGCCGCCGGCAACAGCAGUCACAUCAUCGCAUCAUUCCAGUUCCCUGGGCAACACUUGCGCCUCCAAUUUUUCCGCGGCCACUCCCCGGCGUCACAAUGUGCCGUUCCACAAGCGAUUGCUCCAUUCGCUGGCAUCCACCGCCUCCUCCACGGCCUCCACCUCUAGAGCCAAAAGCCACAGCAACACCACCACAGACACCAAUAUACCAAAACAAAGAAAUCUGGGGAAUACACCUCAUGGAACACCACAUGGCGGAGCUUCGACGUACUCCCGCAAUUCCUUGGGUGGCGAUUCAUCGAUGCCGGUGGCCUCCGUGGAAUCACCGGCAACGCCAGCUCCCUCUCCGCAUCCGAAUUCGGCGCAUUCGCAACCGACAUCCGUGCCGCCAGCUGAGCAAGUGAGUGAAAGUGACGACCCAAAAACAAAUGUGCUGACCCCUAGCCAACUUGUUUCACUAACACGAUGUCCAUCUCUGUCCACUUCACAGCUGCUCAAUAUGAGUCCUCAUGCGCCAACUUCCGUUUCCAAUCUGCAACAGCCGCCGACGCCUAUAGACCACCUGCUAGACAAGAAUACACCGGCUCCCACGCCAACUGACCAGCACGACAACAAGAGCAUUACGGCCUCGCCUUAUGUUCAUCAGACGCCCAGCGUAGAGCCGCCCUCCUAUACGGAUCAUGCGGCCGGCGGAGGAGCAGCUGGUGGGCAAGGCAUUGGUACGGGUCCAGGAAGUGUGCCCGCCCAGCAACCGGCCACGCCCACGGCAGCAACAUCAGCUGGCGGCGCCGGAUCUGGCGGACCUUCAAAUGCAAUUGGAGGGAAUGGAAUGGGCACUAUAAGUGUCAAGAAGCUUGAGAUGCAGCAGCAUACUCCAUUGGCGGCUAUGGCCAUCAAGCAGGAACCUGGUGCUCAAGGUCGGGGGGUCGGAGGUGUUACCUCCACCACGGAGGCCUUGAACAACUUUAAGCGACUGUACAACCCGCCAAAGCUGACGUUAAAGGAUCCGGACAGCUUCUACGACGAGGAGUGGCUUAAGGAGGUCAUCUACGACUUUCAGUACCAGGAAUACUGGGACUAUAGCACGGUGAAACGUCCGAAAAUGGAAAAGCAACGGCGACCUAGGUAUGCCAAGAACCUCUACGAAGGGCAAACCCACGUGAAGCCCGUGAUGCCUUCGCCAGGAUCCGUUUAUGGCUCGCAGUUGCUCUCUUUGGAUGAAUCAGCAGGCUCAGCAGGAGCAGGCGGUGUAGGACAGGCGGCUGGCAGCUCCGGCGGAGGACUAGUGGGCAUUGCCAACAGUACUGCCAGUGGCAGUGAUGUAGAAGCCGAUGGCAGCAGCUUCUUCCAGGGAUUGAAUAUUAAGACAGAGCCCGGAUUGCAUUCCCCCUCUUGCAAGGAAACGUCGAAAUCUUCUGGCGGCAACAGCAGCGGUGGAGGAAGUGGUAGCGGGGGUAAUCUCUUCACAGCUGAAGGUUUGAAUCCCUCUCUCAAUGAUCUGGAGCAGUUGUUUGAAACGAGCUCGAACGACGAGUGCAGCAGCGUGCAAAUCCACACACCGCCCGAUUCUAAUAACCCCUCGAAUGGUGGCUGCAGUGCUGUGACCAAUACGAUUGAAGACCUCAAACGGAGCACAGCAGUGGCCAGUGCGGCCGUGGCAGCGGCAGCAGCAGCUGCGGCCUCAGGAGCGGGCAAUAUUCAGGCGGAGGAUCUUACUAAGAUGUUUCCUACACCACCCUCUCACGAACAGCAGCACCCGAACUCGAGUCCCUGCCAAACGGACGUGGUCAUGACGGAUCUCAGUGUGGACACCACCACAACCAAUAUAACCAGUAGUAUCACCACGACCUGCAACACCACUAUCACGAGUAGUAUCAACACCACCACAACAGGCUGUAGCAACCCUAGCAACAGUAUUAUGCUGGCUUCCGUUGAAGCGCCCGUCACCGUGGUGGCCAUUCAGACUGUCUCCAAGAUGGUGAAGCAGGAAUAUAACCUGGAACUGGGUAGCCCUAUGGAAGAGCCCAUUGAUGACUGGGACUAUGUGUACCGAGCACCGCAACAGGAGAAGUUUGUAGGCUCCACGCGAUAUGCUCCAUUGACCAACCUGCCCAGUCAAACACAGCCGCCGCUCACUCUGCCUACGGGAUGCUUCUAUCAACCCACCUGGAGUAGUCACAAAUCAAGAGCAGCUACAUUGGCUAAAGCAGCGGCAGCUCAACAGCAGCAGCAUCAGAAACAUCAGGCCCUUCAGCAGCGCAUCCAAUUGCAUCAGCAGAAACUACAGCAGCUCCAGCUCCAGAAUCAGCAGCAACAACAAGCUGCUGCCGCAGCAGCAGCGGCGGCAGCGGGAGGAGUUGGCCACCAGAAGCACCAGCAUCAGCAUCUUCAUGAUCUCCUGUCAGCGGCGCCGAGGACACCAUUAACGCCCUCCACUGUUCCUCAACCGUUGAGCAGUGGUGGCAGUCAGUAUUUGCUGAAUCAGUUGAACUGCCCACAAGCACCACCUGGGGCAUCCAUGCAGCAGCUUAUGCACCGAGCGGGGAUGUCACCAAUUUCCCCGGGACCCGGAAUAGGUCCGUAUGCCGCCAGAAGUAGUCCAAUGUCGAGGGCAACUCCUACGCAUCCGCCACCGCCAUAUCCCUAUGACUUGGCUGUGGCUAGUCCCGCUACCUCCACAUCGUCGUACUUGAACCGGCCGCUUCACUCGCAGGAGCAUCCACACAUGCAUGGUAUGGGCGGCGGAGCAGCGGGAGGUGUGGGUCACGGAACAGGAGCUGGCGGCCACAUGGGUAUGAUACCUUACACUGGCGAUGCGGGCAUUGCCAGUGGUGGAACAACGAUGACAGCCGGAUCCUCGACCCUGCUUCAGGAAUUACCAGAAGUAAAUUCUGUCCUAGUUAACAUACUGCUUUACGAUACCGCCUUGAAUGUCUUUCGGGAUCACAAUUUCGAUAGUAGCAGUGUGUGUGUGUGCAAUGCGGAUACACAAAAGAUCGGCAAUAUUCGCGGAGCUGAUUCCGGAGUAUAUGUACCCCUGCCAGGCGUUAGCUUUAAUCCUUUCCCUUCCGGAGCUGGAGGUGCUGCGGCUGGACAGCGAAUGCUCAAUGGACCCAGUUCCGCCGGUUUUGGCGGCAUGCGGAUGAUCAGUGCCUUUGGGGGUUCGCCAGCCUCAGCCUCGAUGCCCGGAGCUGGCUCCGGACAUGGCCAUGGUCCGAAUGGCGGCUCGAACUCGUCGUCUUGCACGCCGCCCAGCAGUAAUCCCCAUAUCACCGGCUAUGUGGACGAUGAUCCCGUGGAAUGUACGUGUGGUUUCAGUGCAGUGGUCAAUCGAAGACUCUCUCAUCGCGCUGGACUCUUUUACGAAGAUGAGGUGGAGAUCACGGGCAUCGCGGAUGAUCCGGGCAGGAACAAGCAGCCUACAUUGCUCAGUAUCAUCCAGAGUCUUAGCAGGAAAAACCAAAUCAAGCAGGGACCUGGAGAACCGAGCUCUGCCUUGGAAAAAAUCGGAGCGGGUGGAUUGCCUAGUGGUCAACUGGAGCAAUUGGCUCAUGCUGUAUUUGACCUGCUAUUGGAUCAGUGCUCUAUUAUUCAAACAUCUAGUAGUUCGGUGCACAGAGCUCUUCAGUCCCAUCGGAGGCGAAUGUCCCGUCAACGAAGGAUCUUCGGCACCAAUGGAGCACCUACUGCUUCACUGGCAUCAAUUGCAAAUGUUCUAGAGUUUAUGGAUGCACACGACGUUAUAAGUUUGGCUCUGGAGCAGUCGAGAUUGGCAUUCGAAAACCAACGUAUGGACAACAUGAUGGACUUCCAUGGAAAUGGUAGCAGUAGCUCUCAUCAGCAACAGCAACUCACAGCUUUUCAUGCACCACCAGCUGCUUUGCGUCACAAGCUAGCGGGUAUUGGUGCUGGUCGGUUGACAGUCCACAAGUGGCCAUAUCUUCCCGUCGGUUUCACCCGUAGCAAUAAGGAGAUUGUACGCACCAUGAAUGCUAUACAGCCGAUGCUGCAGAAUGCAUUCCAUUGCAAAUCGAGGGGCGGUUCAGGUUCCAAGGAUGCCAGUUCGUACAACACGGUGAGUGGACCGCUAACCUGGCGCCAAUUCCAUCGCCUGGCAGGCCGUGCAUCCGGACAAUGUGAGCCCCAACCGAUACCAUCCGUGGUGGUGGGCUACGAGAAAGAUUGGAUCUCGGUGGCACCGCACUCUAUCCAUUAUUGGGAUAAGUUUCUCCUGGAACCGUACUCUUAUGCCCGGGAUGUUGUCUACGUGGUGGUGUGUCCCGACAACGAGCAUGUGGUGAGUUGCACUCGCAGCUAUUUCCGGGAACUAAGCAGCACCUACGAGAUGUGCAAGCUGGGAAAACACACGCCCAUUCGAGGAUGGGAAGGCUUCCUUCAGGUAGGCGCUGCUCGCAACAACGUGCCCGCGGAUCGGGAAACGACCCCUUUAGAUGAUUGGCUGCGUACCCUGGAGCACGCUGCUCUGGCGGAGCAAAUUCGUCGGUAUGCAGUUGCCUUUAUUCACCAGUUGGCUCCAUAUCUGAGUCGAGUGCCAAAUGAUAAAACGCUGUUGAAUCCACCAGAUGGCACUGGGAACUCGCACACCAAAGGAGGCAGCUCUUCCUCCUCGAAUAGCUCUUCAGUCAGCGGAUUACCUGGCGGGGACUUAAGCACUGAUAAUAUCAAGCUGGAGCCGGGUACAGAACCUCAAGUACAACCGAUGGAGACCAACGAAAUAAAACAGGAACCCGGAGUGGGAAAAGGAGUCACUGCAGCAGGUGAUACCAAACCCGCUUUGAUCCUUGGAGAUCCAUUGGGAAUGGGUGAGACUUUGGAGGACAUCAACCCGUCAGCCAUUGUCCUUUAUGUGGUCAAUCCGUUCACUUUCGCCUCGGAUAGCUGCGAAUUGGAGCGUUUGGCUUUGAUUGCUCUGCUUCGUUGCUAUGCGGAACUGCUGAAAGCAGUUCCUGAUUCAGUGCGAUCGCAGAUGAACAUACAGAUUAUAUCGCUAGAAUCGGUAAUGGAACUGGGACCGUGCGGCAAUCGAAAGCGUUUCUCGGACGAGAUUAGGUGCCUUGCUCUUAAUAUAUUUUCGCAGUGCCGGCGGCAUCUGGUGCAUGCCCAAUCCGUAAAAAGUCUCACUGGCUUUGGAACGGCGGCUAAUAUGGAGGCGUUUCUCAAGACAAAGGAUGAACCCAAUCGCCGGGCUUACAAAAUGUACACGGCUCCUUUUGUUCUUGCACCCAUGCACGAGAGGAAUGACAAAACGGACUUCUCCAGAUCAGCGGGAAGUAUGCAUGGUCAGAAUGAACAUCGUUAUUCGGUGAUGUAUUGCAAUUACUGCCUGAGCGAGGAUCAGGCUUGGCUUUUGGCCACCGCCACUGAUGAAAGGGGCGAGAUGCUGGAGAAGAUCUGCAUUAAUAUUGAUGUGCCAAAUCGUGCACGGAGAAGAAAAGCUCCUGCUCGCUAUGUGGCCCUAAGGAAAUUGAUGGACUUCAUCAUGGGAAUCAUCUCGCAGACAUCGCAAAUGUGGCGUUUGGUGAUCGGCCGCAUUGGAAGGAUCGGACACAGUGAACUAAAGUCGUGGAGUUUUUUGCUCAGCAAGCAACAGCUGCAAAAGGCAUCCAAGCAAUUUAAGGAUAUGUGUAAACAAUGUACAUUGAUGUAUCCACCCACAAUCCUGAGUGCUUGUCUUGUGACCCUGGAGCCGGAUGCCAAGCUGCGCGUGAUGCCCGAUCAGUUUACACCAGAUGAGCGCUUCUCACAGAUUUCAAUGCAGAACCCGUUAGCUACUCCACAGGACGUGACCUGCACCCACAUCCUGGUCUUUCCCACUAGCGCCGUCUGUGCGCCCUUUACGCGCCAGUUCCAAAAUGAGCCGCAAGUAGAUGACGACUUCCUAACCUUCGAGGAAGAGGGCAACGAGGACUUUAGCGAUGCGGACAUUGGAGAUCUGUUCUGGGAAACUCACAUGGACAGAGUUUCCAAUCAUGGUAGUCCGGGUCGCAUGGAUGACAAUCGGAGUUGGCAGAGCGCAGGCGGUAACAACUUCAAAUGCACGCCGCCCCAGGAAGUAGAGGAGGUUGGUUCACUUAACCAGCAGCCAAUAUCAGUGGGUUACAUGGUGUCCACGGCGCCAACCGGUCGCAUGCCCGCUUGGUUCUGGUCCGCUUGUCCGCAUCUAGAAGAUGUUUGCCCCGUGUUUCUGAAGACAGCCCUACAUCUCCAUGUGCCCAGUAUACAGUCUGCCGAUGAUAUUCUCAACUCGACCAAUGCACAUCAGUCAGCCAACGAUCAUCCGCUAGACUCCAUUCUCACAGCGGAUGUUCUGCGCUUCGUCCUCGAGGGAUACAAUGCCCUUUCCUGGCUGGCGCUCGACUCCAACACACACGAUCGACUCUCCUGUCUACCCAUAAAUGUUCAGACGCUAAUGGAUCUGUACUAUCUGACGGCUGCCAUAGCCUAAGGUCCGGAUUCUCAGAUCUAAGAUUCUCAGAUCCUUAGAUUUUCGGAUCACCUAAAAUUUAAAUCAAUCAAACGCAGUCGCAUGCUUCCGUUUGCAGAACUUCCACUAGCUAUAUAAUCUUGAAAGAACAACAGAAUUCAGAACAGAAAGGAUCUUAAACAGAAUCAACACCAAGUAACCAUGAAUAGAAGUUAACAGAAUCCAAAAACACCAACAGAACAACCAGAGCAAUAGCAGCAGUUAACGCAACGCACAGAUUACUUAGCAUAAUCAACAGGAAAACUAAACAUAAACCGAUCACCGAUAAGAGCGGCGGAUACAACAUUAUCGUCUACCGAUAAGUUUUGAACAGCAACAGCAUUACUAUUUAUUAGUCGUCGAGAAUUUGUAAAAGUGUCAAGUGCAAGAAUUGUUUGUUUAAUUUUAUUUUUUAUACAUAUACAUAGGCUGGCGUUCGAUUAGUGUUUAAUAUUUAUAAAUAUACAAAGAGGAGCGAAUGGAAUAGCGAAAAGCAAACAACAAACAAACAACCACACACAUGUAGGCAUAUAGGUCAUAUAUAUACAAUAGCGGAGUGGAGUUAACGCGAGAAACAUUUUAGCAUAAGUAACAAAGUUUGUACAUAUUUACAACCAAUUCGCCGUAAGCAGCAAACCAGCAGCAGCAGCAAAACAAAACAGAAGUGUAAUUAUACAAUUAGUAAUUAGUUUACAACAAAUUGGAAAAGCAGAGGAGGAGACCCUAUUUAAAUCUAAUAAAUUAAAUCAAUAAAUUGUGUAAAUUUUUGUGCAAAGCGAGAAUUAGUUUAAAUUUAAAUUAUACAAGAAGGAAGUGUAAAACAACACCGAACACACGCAUUAAACGCCCCACACAAUGGAAACAACAAAACAUAUAAUUAACUGAAACUGUAUACUGUAAAUUGCAUAUAUAAAAACUAUAUAUAUCUGGACGCCUAGCGCAGAUGAAGAAGGACGUAGAAGGAGUAGGAGUAAGUGGAGAACGAGAACAGGAGUAGAAUUAGGAUGAGCGGUUAGGAAGAGUUUUUAAUUUCGUGUGUUUUUUGUUGUCUCUUGUAUUCGUAUAAUCCUAGGGAAACAUUUGUACUUCACACAGAUACUGAACCCAACCCACAAACAACUAACACACACACAAACACACCACUCACAUAGCCAAUUUUCUAAUAAUGGAAUACUUAAACGAAAAUGUGUACAAAUUAAUAAUAAUGUUUGUAAAGAACGGGAAAGCUUUCUACACUCACCAACAACACAACAACCACAAUUGAGUUUGCACGUUUAAACGAUUUUCGCUAGGCUUAAGUUUAAAACAAAAUCAAUUAAGUAAAGAAAGAUAACAAUUAUUAAACAAUGAAAUUAUUUUUACCUGUGUAUUUUAAUUAGCGUAAAUUGUGUAAACAACAAAACCUACGAUUACAAAGACGUUUUCUAGUAAUUAUCAACACCAACACCAACAUAGAAACACAACACCCCACAUGCAUAUCUUUUAAGUAGUUUCGAUUUCAUUUAGUAUUCUUUUUAUUUGUGUAAUAAACCGAACUUGUUUGCAAACCUGA